AUGGCUCCUCUUAUGGCUUCUUCCUCCUCCUCCGCCACCGCCACCGCCACCGCCACCGCUGGUUCAACUCAAUCGGAUUCCUCCGUUUUACAACCCAGGUCUUGCAAGAGAUCACGACAUUCCAAUCCCGAAGAUCAUUUUCCGGUGUACCGGGGAGUUCGACUGCGAAGAUGGGGUAAAUGGGUCUCUGAGAUAAGACAACCUCGUCAGAAAUCUCGCAUUUGGCUCGGGACUUUUUCCACGCCGGAGAUGGCCGCCAGAGCUCACGACGUCGCCGCCUUGUCCAUCAAAGGCAAUUCUGCCAUCCUUAAUUUCCCACACCUCAAAGACUCUUUGCCACGUCCAGCUUCCGUUUCUCCACGUGACGUCCAAGAAGCCGCCGCGAAAGCAGCCACCAUGCAACAGUUUUCGUCUUUUUCGUCGGAGAGUUUGGGGCAACCGCCGUCGUCGGAUGUUUCUAUGUUGUCUCCGGCAGCUGAUAGUAGUGUCUCCAGUAAUCCGGUGGAUGAUCAGCUGGGCGAAAUCAUUGAGUUACCGAGCCUAGAUGGGUUUUUUGAGUCGUCGUCAAACGAGUUGAUAGUUGAGACGGUGGAUGGGUGGAUGUAUCCGUCAUGGGUGGUGGCUGAGACUGAUGGUUUUCCGGUCUAG